AUGCAGUCGGGAAUCUCAGUCUCCCCGGAGCUACACGAUGCUUUUAACAACUUUGUCUCCGACUCUUCCAUCUUCUGUCUUCCCGUGACAAUCUCAUCGGAGAGCUUGGCCCCUCUUACGCCGGUUCCCUUCUCCGCCCCUAAUGCGUUCUACCCAUCUCUCUCCCAGUUAUCCUCCGUUCUCGAGCCUAAAACCCCUAUCUAUCUUCUUAUUCGACAGCCACAAGGCGCAUUGUCGUCUCUCGUCGCGCUGACAUAUAUUCCCUCUAAUGCUGGGGUGCGGGCCAAGACACUCUUCGCUUCGACUCGGGCAACAUUGGCGAGGGAACUCGGUACCGAGAAAUUUGCGUCAUCGAUCUUUGCAACAGAAGAAGAUGAGGUCAUGGGUGAGCAGGCGUGGCGGGAGAGGGAGGCUGAGAAGAAUGGCUCCUCUAGCCGAGGAGGCUUCCAACGGGAAGAUCUUAUGGGUGAGAAAGAGCGUGAGUUAGAAGCAGUGCGGAGAGCGGAAGAGGAGGCCAGAAGUGGUACACCGGGCAGAGAUAUUGGCAUUGGGGGCUCCUUCAUUCGCGGAAAUGGUGGGGGUCUUUUCGGACCCAGUAACAAUGCGCGGUUCCAGAUGCCAGUGGACGAAGAUGCGAAGGACGCUUUGAAAUCGCUACAACAGGGCGGGCUAGUACAACUGGUCAUCGAUAUUCCCAAGGAGACCGUCAGACUGGCUGCCGCAGAAUCCGGCGUUAAUGCAAACUCCGUUCAGAAACAUAUCUCGUCUUCUUCGCCACGGUACACAUUUUAUCAUUACCCCGACUCCGAGGCCGUAAUUUUCAUUUAUACAUGUCCGUCUAGUUCAUCGAUCAAGGAGCGCAUGCUAUAUGCAAGUUCUCGACUGUAUGCCCUCCAAUUGGCGGAAGAUCAGGGUUUGAAGAUUAUGAAGAAGAUCGAAGCGUCGUCGCCAGACGAAGUCUCGGGAGAACAGUUGCAGGAGGAAGUCAAUCCAUCACAAACCAACGGACCACAGCGAGGAUUUGCAAGACCGAGACGACCAGGAAGGUCACUCGCUUCCGCCGUCGCAUUACCUGAUCAGGAGAAUACAGCCCCCUCUCCGGAUGCUGCUGGACUGAAGCGGAGACAGUCCUCUAUCUCAGACCCCGACCCAGAUAACAAACGUCGUCGACUUAGCUUCCGAGACGAUAACGACGAACGUCGCUCCGUCGCGAACGGGAAACAGACUUCUCCCGAUGGAGCAGAUCAAAAACCGGAUCGAAGGCCUAGCCGACAAACUGGUAGGCGCGAUGAGGAACGCAAACGUGGACAACGAUUAUUUGGUGCUUUGCUCGGAACACUUUCCCAGAGCUCAAACUCGGCGGCUCAGAAACGACGCGCAGAUAUAGAAAAACGACAGCAGGAUAAGCUGAAGCUACAGGAUGAAGAGUACGACGAGCUGAAACGGAAGAGGCGAGAUGAAAGGGCAGCGAUCCGAAAAAAGGAGCAAAUAAUUUACGAUGAGGAAGCGAUGCGAACACGCCACUCGAACUUACUGGCAAUGGCUCAAUUCCUGAAGACGAAAAGCGAACCUGUAUUAUACUACAAGCCAUGGCAACUUCGUUCAGAUGACCAUUCGAUCAUACAAAAGCAAAUUGAGGAUGCGGAGGCUACUAUCACUCGAGAAGUGGCGGAGUUUAAGACGCGUUAUCUACCUGAGGAAGAAAACCAUAAAGACAAAGACGAAGCACCGCCAGGGGAGAAUUUUGAAUUGGGACCGGUGCCUGAGAUAGGUGUCAAAGAAGAAAUCCAGGAACCCAUGCAUGUUGUUUCGGACACGCCUGGUGCUGCAACCAACCAUGAAAAGAGCCUUGAAACGACAAAGACUGAAGACACAUCUACGGAAGAUCACAAUGUACCCGACGAUAAUGGCCAGUCAGACGUUCACCGAGGCCAUGACGAUGACGGCGGUGAGGUCGUUGAAGACCAAGAAGAUACGGUGAUUUAUUAG